AUGGAGGCUGGAAACCAUACCACUGUAACAGAGCUCAUCCUUCUGGGGUUAACAGAGGAUCCUGUACUUCGAGUCAUCUGCUUCGUGAUAUUUCUUGGAAUAUAUGCUAUCACUUUAGUGGGCAAUAUCAGCAUAAUCUCUCUAAUAAGAAGCUGCCCUCAGCUCCACACCCCCAUGUACCUGUUCCUUAGCCAUCUGGCUUUUGUGGACAUUGGAUUUUCCACAUCCAUCACACCUAUAAUGCUUACAGGAUUCCUCAGACAUGGAGUGGCCCUCUCUGUGGCUGCCUGUGAAGCCCAAUUCUGUAUUGCAGUGACAUUUGGGACAGUUGAGUGCUUCUUGCUGGCUGCUAUGGCCUAUGACCGCUAUGUGGCCAUCUGUUCACCCCUGCUCUACUCCGCACAUAUGUCCCCGAGAAUCUGCUUCCUCUUAGUUGGAGCUGCCUACGUGGGUGGCUGUGUGAAUUCUUGCACAUUUACUAGCUGUUUAUUGAGUUUGUCCUUCUGUGGACCAAAUAAAAUAGACCACUUUUUCUGUGACUUCCCUGCUGUUUUGAAACUUUCCUGCUCAGAUGUCUCCAUUAUUGGAAUCAUCCCUUCCAUCUCAGCAGGCUCCAUCAUUGUGGCAACAAUGUUUGUCAUAACCAUCUCCUACAACUACAUUCUCAUCACCAUCCUGAAGAUGCGCUCUACAGAGGGCCGCCACAAGGCCUUCUCCACUUGCACUUCCCACCUCACUGCAGUCACUCUCUACUAUGGAACUAUCACUUUCAUUUAUGUGAUGCCCAAAUCUAACUACUCUACCGAACAGAACAAGAUAGUGUCUGUGUUCUACACAGUGAUGAUCCCCAUGCUAAACCCUCUAAUCUACAGUCUGAGGAAUAGAGAUGUAAAGGAGGCCCUGAGGAAGACAACUGUCAGAAUAUAUUCAUAG